GUCGGUUCCGUUCUUCUCGUGUCGCGGUGGUUCUCGAUUCGAUGCCCGCCGGCCGAGUCGGCGGCGGCGGCGGAUCGGACCGAGCGGUUGUGCCGGAGGUCUUGGCCUCGUUUCGGUGGAUGGCGCGUGUGUAGGAAUGUUGCCCUGCUGAAGUUUGUUUCGGCCUGAGGUGGCUCCUCCCGGCGACUGAUCGCCGGCUGGCGUCCGAGUGUUUUUUUUUUAAUUUUUUUAUGUAGGCGCUCGGGGUCCGGGAGGAGCUGAUCGUGUUUGUUUGUCGGACUGUGUUGUCCGUAGUGAGGGCGGCGGGCGGGACGGGUGUAAUUGACUAGGAUGUUCGGAUCGUCCUCCGUUCUCUUGGACCCGUUUUGUUUUAUUUAUUUAUUUUAUUUUUUGUUUUUUCUCGAUUCUCUUGGGAAAUUUGAAAUUAACGCUUGGAGGUGUGAUCGAGUCUCUGAACCUUUCCUUUUCCUUGUGUCGAUUUUCGCUUAUGUCCCCAGUGUCUCCAUCUGGCUUGCGUGCGAACUACUACUGCUAAAGGUGAAACAUGGGGCCUUUUGCGGUUGGUGCCUGCAAGAUGACUUUUUUUCUAGUACAACUCAGUGUAAUUUAACAGAAUCUGACCUAAAUUUAGAUUUUUGUGAUAGUCUGCUGAUGUUCCUUUUAAAGUUAGUGAAGUGCCUGGUGAUCAUAUCUUUGUACCGCGUGGAGUGGCUUCUGCAACCGAUUUCUUUAUGUUGUACUUUAGGAUUUGUGAUGUGCAACUGCAACGUUGGUUGAAACUUUUUGGGAAAUUCAUGUGGCCCUGACCCACCUAAGAUUUGUUCUCCCUCUCCUCAUAACUUUCAUUCCAUCGGCUUUUUCUUCGAUUGAGCAUAUGGCGUUUGAUAGGCAUUCUAAUUCGUGGAGUCAGGAUAAUUGCAAAAUGACUCAAGAUGGUUCUAGUGUUGAAUCAAACCAACGAAAGCCAGGACUAUUGAAAGAUCAGGUCAGAUUAGUGAAGAGGAAGGACAGUGGUCGCCAUGAGAUAGUUUCAAUCCAAGAUCCUUUGUCAUUUGAGAAAGGGUUCUUCAUAGUAAUUCGUGCAUGCCAAUUACUGGCUCAGAAGAAUGAAGAAAUCAUAUUGGUGGGCUUGGCUGGUCCCUCUGGUGCUGGAAAGACUGUAUUUACAGAAAAGAUUGUGAACUUUAUGCCUAGCAUAUCUGUUAUAUCAUUGGACAACUACAAUGACUCUAGUCGAAUUGUUGAUGGCAACUUUGAUGAUCCACGCAUAACAGACUAUGAGACUCUGCUCAGGAAUGUCGAGGAGUUAAAAGCAGGGAAACCAGUCCAAGUACCUAUUUAUGACUUCAAGACUAGCUCCCGCACAGGAUACAGGACUCUUGAAGUUCCAAGUUCCAGAAUUGUUAUUAUUGAGGGAAUCUAUGCACUGAAUGAAAAAUUGAGACCUUUGCUGGAUCUUCGCAUAUCAGUCACUGGUGGAGUUCAUUUUGAUCUUGUCAAACGGGUUUUAAGGGAUAUACAGCGGGCUGGUCAAGAACCAGAAGAGAUAAUCCACCAAAUAUCUGAAACGGUAUAUCCAAUGUACAAAGCCUUCAUUGAGCCUGACCUUCAAACAGCACAUAUUAAAAUAAUCAACAAGUUCAACCCAUUUACGGGAUUCCAGAAUCCCACUUACAUAUUGAAGUCAUCGAGGAAUGUAGCGGUCGAUCAAAUCAAGGCUGUAUUUUCUGAGGAACAUGUUGAAACUUCCGAGCAGACAUACGAUAUCUAUCUUCUACCCCCAGGGGAAGAUCCAGAAUCUUGCCAAUCGUAUUUGAGGAUGCGGAAUAAAGAUGGAAAGUACAGUCUUAUGUUUGAGGAAUGGGUGACUGACAACCCUUUUGUGAUAUCACCUAGAAUAACGUUUGAAGUGAGUGUCCGCCUCCUAGGUGGGUUGAUGGCCUUGGGAUACACAAUAGCAACAAUUCUCAAGAGAAGCAGCCACGUGUUCUCCGAUGAUAGGGUGACUGUGAAGAUUGAUUGGCUAGAACAAUUGAACCGUCAGUAUCUUCAGGUGCAAGGAAGAGAUCGCCUGGUUGUGCAAGGUGUUGCCGAGCAGCUUGGGUUGGAAGGCUCAUAUGUUGCCCGCACGUAUAUUGAACAAAUACAACUGGAAAAGCUUGUUAAUGAGGUCAUGGCACUGCCAGAAGACUUAAAGACUAAACUUAGCCUAGACGAGGAUCUUGUUGCAAGUCCAAAAGAAGCCCUUUCUCAAGCAUCUGCUGAUAGGGUAGCUAUGAGAAGUAAGCAUUUGAAGAGUGGUAUGUCACACUCAUAUUCAACCCAAAGGGACAAGAAUCUGUCAAAGGUUGCUGGCUUUGCUUUCAGCAAUCCGAGAUAUGAUGAUAGAAUCUCGGGUGCAUCGUUAACACUUCCUAACCAGGGUGUCAUUUCUCAGCUUUCAGAUCAAAUUUCCUCCCUGCAUGACAGAAUGGAUGAUUUUACCGCCCGUAUUGAAGAGUUGAAUUCCAAGUUAACAAUAAAGAAGAAUUCCUUGAGCCAACAAAAUAUGGCCCUUAAUCCUGAGGCUUGCAAUGGAUCAGCUCCAACUUCAUAUUUUAUUUCUGGUUUGGGAAAUGGUUCUUUGACUGGAUCCAUAAUGCCCAAUUCCUCGUCAUCCUCCCAACUUGCUAGGGAGUCUCCGUUGAUGGAAGAGAUAUCAACAGUUGCACGUGGGCAGAGACAAAUCAUGCAUCAGCUUGACAACCUCAGUAAUCUACUCCGGGAGACAUUAGGGGAGAGAUCCCGCCAUCUAACCACAAGCAGGAAAAGUGUGCUUGACCCAGACCGUGUGAAAAUUCCUCUUAUUUGCACCCUGGCUUUCGGCGGUCUAGGAAUCCUCGUGCUCAAGGGUCUUUCAAACAGAAAUUGAUCUUCAUUUUUGCUUCUCUAAUUGAUUCUUUCAGAGGGUAAAUUUCAAAUUCCUGUUCUGACGUAGAGUUCAAGUGCCAUGCAGUCUAUCCUUCUGUUCUGUCCUGGAAAGCAGUCGCCCUGGGAAAGGAGGGUGUCAUGAUCUUGAAGUUCCUUGUUGCAAAAGAGAAGGUUGGUCUAGCAAUUUUCGUGUCCUUGCGGUGGGAGAUUUUCGUUUUCCACUCUCUUCUUCUCUCUUUCUAGAGAAGUAGCGAUAGUUUACCUGCUACUUACAUUGACAUUCUGAAAGCGAUCAAUACAGCAAAUGAAAGUCCAUAAAUUCCUUAAAUUGUAUUAUGAGAUGAUAGCUGGAAUAUGCACGGAGAGUCCAUGGUGCAAUCUCAUGCCUAACUGAUUGAGCUACUAUCUUACACAAUGUGAAGGUUCCAAUUUUGCUAUCAUGAAUUGCUGUUGGAGUUCGAGGGUGAGGAUCUAAACAAUGAAAGCUUUUCAUUCA